UGGAUGACACGGCAUAUUACUAAGCGCGAAAUGAAGAAGUUAGAGUUUACCAGAGGUUAACACUGUGUGAAUAAUAUAAAUGAUGACUGAUACGACAAAUGAGUAAAAAUCAAGAAAUUCUGGACAGCUAACAUCAAAAAUGAGUAAUUAAGUAAUUUUUUCCGUGCUAAACUCUAAUUUCGUUCAUUUCGCGCUUAGUAAUAUGCCGUGUCAUCCAAACAUUUGUCGAUGGAUUGAAUCAAUAGUGGAUGAAGACGUCCUAGCACAUAAGAAAUAUCAACAAGAAUUAACUGGACAAAAAUCAUGCAAGAAGCAACUUGUAUCAACUAAGAAUCAAGAGUUUAAAUUGUAUUUAAAUAAAGAAGCGUAUGAACUGGGUGAAAUGAGUCUUGAAGAAUAUAUGUCAAGUGUACGGGCACUAGUUUAUCGCUAUAUGGACGAAAUAUCACAAUCAAAUUAA